AUGAUUAAAAAAUUUUCUUCUAUUAAUUCCCUUUUAAAGGUAACUAAAAAAUAUAGUACAUCAAAACUGUAUAUACCGUAUAAUCAGACAUCCAAUACGUAUGUUGUCAUUGAACCAUAUGUAGAUCUGGAUAAUCGUUUAAAAAAUAGAAAUACUUUAAAAGAUAAUAUAACUUUAAGAGGUUUGAAUAUCAAUAUAGACAAAAUAUGUGAUAGUUGGUUGAGUUUCAUAAGCGCACGAGAAGAAAUUGUCUGUUUAAAUGUUGAAAAACAAAAACUCGCUGAACAAUUAAAAAAAACCAAAAAGGAUAAUAUCAAUGAGAUAAACAGGCUUAAAGACACUAGAUCAAAAGUAGUGACAAGAUUGAAGUCGUUGAGAGAUAAUAUUUCUGCAUUAGAAACUGAAGUGGUUAUUCCUAGUCUUAGCAUCCCCAACAGCUUACACCCUGACUGUCCCUUAUCUGAGAGUAAAAUUUUAUUUCAACACUAUGGGAAAACAAAAAUUGAUAAUACUGAGUGUGUAGAUCAUUUAAAAAUUGGCUCAGCUUUGGAAUGUUUGGAUUUCAUAAAUCCCGUAAUUGUGUACAUUAAGAACAAAGCUUCUCUCUGUGAACAAGCGAUAAUGGCUUAUUUCAACGAGUCUCUAGAAAAGUCUGAUUUUAUACCUUUUUGUAAUUCAGACCUUAUUAAAAGUGUAAUUAUUGAAGGAUGUGGGGCUGACUUUGACAAUGCGGAUCAAACAUUUAUUUUAAGCGAAAAAAACCUGCACUUGGUGGGUGGUGCAAGUCUUCAAUCUUUCUGCGCAUUUCUUGCAAAAACUAGUGUGGGCGGAAACAAACUGCCCCUGAGAUUUUAUUCAACAGGUCGUUUAUACAAACCCUUCAAUAAAAACAUUGGACUUUUCUCUGCUGUACAAACAAAUGCUGUUGAAGUUUUCAUUGGUACAACUGAUGAACGGAAAUCCAGAGACCAAUUUGAUGAAAUGAUGGCCAUUUACAGACGGCUAUAUGAAAGUAUCGGCUUAGACUAUCGUAUAGUCUACUCGCCAGUCUCUAAGUUGGAAAACUGGGAGAGUUUAAGGGCUCAAGUGGAACUGUACUCUGUCAGCUGUCGAGAUUAUGUUGCGGUCGCUUCAUUAUCUUUGUCUGGAGAUUUUAUUAGCAAGCGUUUGAGAAUUUACUGGUCCGGUAAAGAUAAACACAAUUUUUUAAACAUUGUUAAUGGAAAAAUGGUAGACACUAAUGUACUGCUAGGAUGUUUGUUAGAACAAAAUGUAAAUGAGUUCACUGUACCAGACUGUUUAAAAAGUUAUAUGAUUGUAUGAAAUAAUAUUUAUAUAUUUGCUUUGCAUAUUGUACAUAAAUAAAUUACUAUCUAAUACUUAUGUAUGCCAUCAAAAUCAUUACCUUUAAAAUUCUACUAGUAGAUCAUAACAUAGUUAUAGCUAAAAUAUUAUUUAAUUGCAUUUAUACAAUAAACUAUGUUCAUUGUCUUUA